GGGUGAUUAAGAUUUGUCUGUAAAAUUUGGCUACACCGCAUUAAACAAGUGACGGCCACUCUCUUCUGUCAAGCGUCUGGCGGUCUGGCUCGUGUUUAAAAGUUGGGUUAUGUUAUAUUGUUUUGAGUUUUUAAUUUCCCGAGUGUUAUCAAAGUGUACGAGGAAAUGUAGAUUUCUGAGUUCAUGAAGAAACAAUGGUAAUGCUGAGUCACUUGAGACGCUUCGUCUUUUUGAAAGGCUUCACGUGGUAAUACAUGGCAGGAUCUGCUGCCACUAAAUUCAACAUCUCAGAGAUAGAUCGCUUCAACGACAGAAUUGAAAACGUACUCGGAGAUCCUCAUGCAAGGCCUAUAUUUGAGAAAUACCUCAUUAGUUACAAGCACCAUGUUAUGCUCAAAGCAUUCAAGCUUUGGAAUGAAGCAAGCAUUGCAGAUAAUUUUGAUGAAGAUCACUUCUUGGAUUUAGCAGAAGAGAUAGAUGGGUUCAACAUGAACCCAUUUUUCAGCAUUCAAGAGGAUGAUAGGAAGUUGUCAUACAUCAAACAAGAAUGUUGUAGGAUCUUGUCUCCAGUCCAUCCAAGAUUUGUUGAAUAUUUGCAUUUACAUCACUCUGUUUGACUAUUUUGUUACUUAAAGUAGAUUUUUCUAGUCGUUACAAAAUGUAAUUGGUCUUUUUUGUAAUACUUUCAGUAACUGAGAAUGCACAUUCAUUUUCUAACAUAUUAAUAGGAGUAUAAAUGUAGACUGAAUGUCUUUAAAAUUUAUUUAUUUACCUACAAAAGAUAUAGUUUGGCACUGAAGUAUGCAAAUUGGUGAUAAAAGUAUUUCCAUGACAAAUGUCAGUUAAGUAUACUGGAAAUAGCAAAGUAAUAUGUUGUUAUUUUCAAGGCAUUCUGAUGUUAUUGCUAAGAAACUACUACUAUUAACAUAAUUAUUUUUGCGGGUAUGUCAGGAUGAUUUCAUUUUCAAGGCGCAUUGGUAAAACUUUUUCCAUGUCAGACAAAAACAUUUUUUCAUCAUGUUAAAUAGGAAUUUAAAUGAAAUUUGAAUGAGGUUAAGGUAUUUUAAACAUAGUUUGAGACCAAUUUUUUUAACUACACUUCAAGAAGAGCAGACAUUCUGAAAUAUACUCUCUAUGCAUACAAAAUACCGCAAUACGAAACUUAUUUCAUUUGAAAGAUAAGAUUGAUUUAUAACACCAUAAAUUACAUGUUUCAGUGUCAUAUUUGUUGUAUUUAUGUUUAAUGUUUUGGUGAUAUGUUAGUGCAGCUUUCUGUAUUAGGUAUAUGGGUAUUUCUUGUUGACCAUCAAUUUGCAAUUCCACCUCAAAUGCCUUAAAGUAAUGAAUUUUCAGAUAACUAUCACUAGGACCAAUUUCCUAUACCAACCAAAGAUUUUUAGCUAGACAUGUAACAGUUGAUCUUAUUAAUACUAUUUUUCAUGAUAAAAUAUGAAAACUGAAUGACUAAGAUGGAUCCUUUUUUAGGAUACAAUAUUAAUGUUAUAAAUAUUGUAGGACAAGUUAAAUAUGAUUUUUUCUAAAUAGCAUUGUGAAUUUGAUUAAGCGUUACCCUUCUGUGUUAUGUCUAUUACUUUAUUUAAAUCAUAUCAGCUUGAUUACACAGGGUGUAAAGUUAUGGAUGGAUCAACAGAAGCCAGGUGAUAGACGACCUUAAUACCUACCAAAUUAACCCAUAUGUGUUGUCAUAAAUACAAUGGUUUAGGAGAUAUUUUUUCGGUGAAAUAAUUAUAGAAGAAAUCCAAUUCUUAAACACCUAUGUCAUUACAAAUAACCUAUCACUUCUACAAUUGUUUUAUUUCUGGAAGUAGUGCAGUUUCGAUGACAAAUUUCAUAAAUAUCCGGAUAAAAAUUAUUUUAAAAUUAUGCAGUCACCCAUAUACCAGAUCACUUACUUCUAAACUACAUGAAUGGCUCAAAGAGCAUGUGCUUGCUUGUUGUAUGUCUUAAGCUGUGAAUUUCGGUCGGAUUCAAGAUUUAUCACGAAACGUGCUUGGAAAACAAUCAAUUCAUAAUUCGGGCGGUACUUAGAUGUUCAGGUUUUGCCUUCUCGUUUAUGCAGACGUAAAAAAGCAGAAUCAAUUGGCUGUUGAACGAUGUGCCACAGUGAUGAGGAGCUUUGGCCAAUCUCAACCAGGACAUCAACUGAAUUAAAUCUACUUCAAGGCAGAGACUACAUUAGAAGAUGUUCUAUGUCAUUUGUGACUUUCACCGCUUCGACUAUUUUUGUAGUUAUUGAGGAGAAGGUCCGAAUAUGGGCACCCCUUUUGUUUUUUCAAAAUAACUUUCGAAAAACUUGCUAUUUUGUUUUUAAAAUUGGCACACGGAUAGUUCGUCAACUUACCCAAGUUUUUGUUAAGGCCAAAAAUUUAAUUGGUAAGGCAAAAUAUUAAAUUUAACCCUUAACCCACCUUGUGAGAAUUUUUGGCAUAAACAGCCAUGUGUUGUCUGACAGACUACUUAUCAAAAAUAAACAAAAUGACGCUCGUUUUUUUUUUAACUUUAUUUUUGGAAUUUUGUAGUGACAAAUGAGGUUACUUCUACUAAAAAUAAC